UGCGGAAGUGACGUUCGCGUGAUAGGGAAGAAAAUAAGCACAUGUGAGAGUUGCGUGUUGAGUAUCACAGAUGUGCUUCUAAAUAUUAUCUCGCUUCGACGCUCAUGUUACAUAGAGCAUUAUGGAUGAACAAGCGCACUAUCCAUCCCCGGACUUCAGCCGUCCUCCUCCGAACUCCAUCCAGCUGUUCCAGCAGCCGCAGGCGCGCUCCAGCGGCUUCCAUCCCAGCAUGUGGAACUGGAGCGAGACGUCGUUAGAGUCCAGCUGGGGAUACGGCGGCCAAGCGGGCUGGCAUCACGGCGCACAGGCCGGGUUUGGUUACACGCCAGGUCAUGUAAACUACGGACAUCAACGUCCUUACGGUCAAAACUAUGGUCAUGAAUGGCAUCAAGGUGGAAGAGAAAAUUAUGGAGCCCCUGGCAACCACGGAAAGAAGAAAAAUAAGAAAGAACCAGAGUACUUACACUUCUGCGACACUUGCGAUCGAGGUUUCAAAAACCAGGAGAAGUAUGACGAGCAUAUGUCUCAACAUGUAAAGUGCUCUGUGCCCGACUGCACGUUUAACGCUCAUGAAAAAAUAGUAAACAUACACUGGAAAAAUAACCAUGCACCAGGAGCUAAAAGGAUUAAACUGGACACGCCAGAGGAGAUUGCAAAAUGGAGAGAGGAGAGGCGCAAAAACUAUCCAACACUUCAGAAUAUCCAAAAAAAGAUUAAAAUGAUUGAGGUGCGACAGGAAACAGGAGGUGUUCUAGAGACAGCAGAGUUUGGACGAAUGAGAGGCAGAGGUCGUGGACGGGGCAGAGGUCGAGGUCGUGGUCGAGGUCGCGGUCACGGCUGGGGCAACAGAGAUUCACAGCAACACCCACAAGGCUCCUGCUCUCUGGACAACAGUGCUAAAGAGAAACCACCACCCUUGACCCGGCCCUGCAAAAACGAAGAUCCACUGGGAGCACUGGCCACUGGUGACCAUGAAUCUGAUGGGGAGAACACAGCAGCUGAGUCAAGAACUGAUGUCGUGGUUGUGGCCCCAAAACUGAUGAGCUCUGCCCUGGGCUCCCUGGUGGCGAACUACGGCUCCAUGAGUGAGAGUGAAAGUGAUGAAGCACCAGAAAGUAUUACUAUCCAGAAGGCUAAGGACCUUUUGCAUGAAAAUCAAGUUCUCCUAAAAACAGUGCCAGCAACAGAGGACAGAGGAACCUCAAGAACCACAGCAGCCUCUUCACAGAGACCAGAAAUGAACAAGUUCCCUGAGCCUGACUCUUACACACCAAACAACAGAAGAGGAAGAGGAGGCAAAAGAGGAAGACGUGGUCGGCACCAAGACACACCACAGCAACGUCGUCCCACUUUACUGGAGAUGUUGCUAGCCCCAGACAUUCGCCACGAGAGGAAUGUCCUCCUUCAGUGUGUGCGCUAUGUUGUUCGCAACAACUUCUUUGCCCUGCAGAGCAAAACUCCACUUCAGAAAGUGAUGAAGACUACAGCAGGUGAGGAGGAAGUCAGCGCCACAUCCCAGUCUGUGUUUCCAUCUGGUGGAGAUACAAGUUUGGCACAGCGUGACACAAGAGUCCCGGAAGCACCCAAGAAGCAAGAUGUAGAACUGAAUACAGCUAAUACCGUUAACCAGGACCUGGUACAAAACUGCCAGGACACUGUUUGCCCAGAACAAUCCAGCGAUGUGCCUGUGCACUUCGCAAGAAAUUCUGACGAGGUUCCGGAUAAUUCCAUCCAAAAUCCAGAACAUUCAACACAGAGAGACUGCAACAGCUGCGAUCUGGCAAUGGCGGAUAAAGCCACACAUGCCUUUAAUAUGUAUGAUGAUGAAAUUUGGGAGAGUCCUGAUGGAGUUCUGUAAAAUACAGAAUAAAACUGAGCUAUUUCAGAUGUUAUGCUACUAUGCAGUUCAUCGAAGCUUUUUUUGUCUUUUUUUUUGUCUGAGUUGUAUCAGAACACAAAUUACUCCUAAUUAUUAUUUUUGUAACAGUAAAGACUGAAGGAAAAUGAUUUGUUUUUUGAAUAAAUUUUUCUUAUUAUUACA